AUGCAGAAGAACAGAGAGAAAAGAGAAAGGGAAAGGAGAGAAGAAGAAAGAAAGGAGAAAGAAAGGGAAAGGAAAAUGAAAGAAUGGCGUGAGAAAAUGGAAAUUGAAAAGAUGCAGAAAGAAAAAGAGAGGCAAGAGAAAGAACAGAAAGAAAGGGAAAAAAGAGAAAGAGAAGAAAAGGAAAGAAGGGGAAAGAAAAUGAUGGCGCUGAAGGAGAAAAAGGGAACUAAUGAGAUGCGUGAAGAAAGGGAUGGUGAGCUGCUGGAGAACGAACAAAAUAAGAAAAGAAAGAGCGAACAUCUGAAAGGAAAUCAUACGACCUCCAUAGAAAACAAUGACUCCAAUGGGGACUCGGAAAAGAUAACAGCUUUAACCCCUUUAAACUCCAACAUUACUCCUAUGACCACGGGGAUGACAAGUUUCACUCCCACUUACAAACCUGAAACAGUACUGAUGACCUCAACGAAACAUCCAAACGGAGCCUAUACUGAAGAGGUCGGGCGUUCCAAAAAGGUUUUGGGUGGCGACACCACAGUGAACACUGAUGGUGACUACAAAGACGAGGACCAUGUUGGUGUUGCCGACGCUGAUGCCGAUGAUGUUCGUGUGACAGAAGAAGCAAUGGGGGGAGUAAAUCGAUGGGAUAUCCUUGGUAACAACAACGGUGCGUCUCUUGGCAGCGUCUUCAGUACAGUCUGCUGCGCAGCGGCAACAGCAAUCCUCAUUUACACCGUAAUAUAG